AUGGGGCUCGCUGAAAGCUACCCUGCCUACGGUGGCCGCGGCCCCGACGACCUUCGUCUGGGACUUGGGCUGGGCACAUUUGCCACUAUUCUCAUGAUCUUGCGCGUCUACGUUAGACUACGAGUCAACCAAUUCGGCACAACGGCGUUAAUCUGGUCCCUCGUGGCUUGGCUUCUCACCGUCAUCACACAAUGCUUUGGCGUGAUAUCUAUUCUUCACGGGCUGGGAAACAAAAUCGCGGUCGUCAAAGAAACCAAUCAACUAGGAAAUUAUCUUCUAUUCACAUGGAUCACAGUCUUCUUUUUCAAUAUGGCAAUUCCAAUUGGAAAGGUUGCAGUGGCGGCAUUCUUAAUUGAGAUCAAUGCAGGAGGCAGUACGUUCCCAUUACUUCCUUGUCUCACGACUUAUCUAACAUUUGAAUUCUUUCCUUCUGAAGAUCCGAAGAUUCGCAAAAGUCUCAUCGCUGUUGCUGCAUUGAAUAUCAUCCUCAACAUCCCCCAGAUCUUGCUUGCGUGGUUCCAAUGCAGUCCUCCCAAUGCGCUCUGGGACCCCGCACGACAGAGCCAGUGCAAUCACAAUACAAGCGUUCACUACACCUAUUUCGUUGGGAGCGUAGCGGCAAUCUCGGACUUUUAUCUGGCGAUCAUUCCCGUUACGAUGCUCGCACCGUUGCGGAUUGAUCGCAAGCUGAAAUGGGGUCUGAGUUUCCUCAUGGGCGUCGGUGUUUUUGCUGGAGGAGUCGCCAUUGUUCGAACGUGGGCAGCUAAAUUCAUCAUGAGCGAUGACCCUUCAUGGGGUGUCGGAAUCUUGUUCCAUUGGGGUGAAGUUGAAGAAUGGGUUGUUCUCAUAUCCAUGUCUAUUCCUCCGGUUUGGCCUUUGUUCCGGCCCUUCACACACCGGUUCAUCAAAUCUACCGCGUCUCGCAGUAACCCGCUUUACAACCAGUACAGCCAAUAUGGCUCGAAGACAGGUAAUCUUACCUCGACGGGCGCACCCCCGGUCGUCACGACCACUAUUUCCAUUUCAUCUACCAAGGGCGUUUCAGCCGCAGCUAUGCCCGUGGGUGCAUCAUCCUCGGCGGAGUCUGUGACCAGGUAUUCGGGAGAAGAACCCGAGACGCCUCAUACUGUCUGGAGCAGCAAUGGGGACCCAGAAGGCUGGGUGGAAAUGUCCCCCUACAAGCAAAAUCAUGGCCAGUGA